AUGCGCAAGUGGGGUUGCGCCUUUUACGGCCGCGAUUCCCUGACAUUUCUCGAACGAGUGGAGGAACUCAAUGAGGGAUACGGGUUCUCCGAAAGAGAUCUCCUCCGGGGAUUGCCUGAGCUGCUCCGCGGAGACAGUCUCUUGUGGUAUCGCAACAACCGGACCACAUGGCAGACCUGGGACGAUUUUGAACAAGAUCUCCGAGAGCAAUACCUACCUCCAAGAUAUCAGGCGCUCCUAAAGAAGGAGAUUAACAAACGUCUCCAGAAACCCGGAGAGCUCUAUGCGCACUUUGAGACCGAGCUUCUGACGAAAAUGCGCCGAGCCGGAUACUACGCGGACGAGGAACGUCUCCUGCAGCUUUAUGACAACCUCCAGCCGGACUAUAAGCUGUACAUCCGGAUCGCCGACGUUCGGUCGAUCAGGGACCUUCGCCAAAGAGCGAUGGAGUACGAGGCCAUCAACCGGAAGCGCCAGGAAAGUUGCGCCCGGACUCUGCCGCCCCGACCCGCUGCCAUCGAUGCCACCGCGUACGAGCGGAGCAUGUGUUGCUGGCGCUGCAAACAACGUGGGCACACGCGCCUCCAAUGCCGGAGGCCGGCCAGGAAGUUCUGCUCCCAGUGCGACAGGGACGGCGUGCUGACGUGCGAAUGCCACCCGGUCCCGGGAAACGGCCAAGAGGCCAGCGCCGCGUCCAGCGACGACCGGCCCGUACAAUCCACAUCACUUACCGACCACGACCGCACGCCAGUACACCAGGAGGCUCCUCCGCUUCACCAUACCAUCCGGUUGGCCGACGGGGCCACCAUUCAGCCCACCAAGGCGAUUUGUCUCCCUAUACGGAUCGGGACGCAAACCUUGAACCACCGAUGUUACGUGGUACCGAGUCUCGAAAGCGACAUCCUCAUCGGCAUCGACUUGUGGGCCAGGCUGCAGAUACCGCUGCCGCCGCCACCGAAGGGAUAUUCAGACGCGAUUCCGGCAUUAUGCCCGGUCUCUGCCGGGUUGAGAUCGCGUACGCCCGACGAGGAAACCACCCUCAAGGAGUUCCUCGCCUCCGAACUCGCCGCGUUCGAGCGAAUACGCGGACCCACGGACCUCGUGGAACACCGAAUCCGAUUAAAGGAUCCACGGCCGAUUAAACAACGAUAUCGUCCGCGCAACCCGGCGAUGCAGCAGAUCAUCGACGACGAGGUAAGCCAGAUGGAGGCCGAAGGCAUUAUCGAACCUUCCGAUAACGCCUGGAGCUCACCCGUCGUCACCGUGAAGAAGCGUGAUGGAGCGCCACGAUUCUGCAUCGACUUCCGCCGGCUUAAUGACGUCACUGAGCGCGAUGCCUAUCCACUGCCGCAUAUAGCCGCCACCUUAGAUAAACUCCGCGGAGCGCACUAUCUUACUACGCUAGAUUUAAAAAGUGGAUAUUGGCAAAUCCCGCUCGCCCCGGAAAGCAAAGCGUUGACCGCAUUCACGGUGCCCGGGCGUGGCCUGAUGCAGUUCCGGGUGAUGCCCUUCGGACUGCACUCCGCGCCCGCCACGUUCCAGCGACUUCUCGACCGCGUACUAGGACCAGCGUUGGAGCCACAUGUCUUCGUAUACCUAGACGAUAUUAUUAUAGUAAGCGCUACGUUUUCGGAACACCUCCGACAUCUCUCAAAGGUAUUCCGCCGCCUCCGCGCCGCUCGCCUACGAAUAAACCCCGACAAAUGCCGAUUUGGAGUCGAGAGCCUCAAAUAUCUGGGGCACGUGGUUGAUCGGGAAGGCCUUCGAACAGACCCCGACAAGGUCGCUGCCAUCACCAACUGGCUAACACCGGCCACUCUACGACAAGUCCGCCAGUUCCUAGGACUUGCCUCGUGGUACCGACGGUUCGUGGCCGGAUUUUCCAAACGAGUCGCGCCUCUGACGCGCCUCACCCGCAAGGGAGUCAAGUGGGCCUGGGGCGAAGCCGAGGAAGCCACCUUCCAAGACAUCAAGCGAGCUCUCGUCACCACGUCGGUACUGGCAUGCCCAGACUUCAUACGUAGCUUCGUCAUCCAAACAGACGCGAGUAACCACGGCCUCGGAGUAAUCCUAACGCAACACUUCCCGGAAGGAGAACGUGUCAUUGCGUACGGAAGCCGCACGCUCUCCAACGCUGAGAAAAACUAUAGCGCCACCGAAUUAGAGUGCCUGGCCGUGGUAUGGGGAAUACGGCGAAUGAGAGGGUACCUUGAAGGGUACCACUUCACCGUGAUCACCGACCACCAAUCGUUGCGAUGGCUUCAGCGACUGGAGUCACCCACCGGCCGACUCGCGCGAUGGCUGUUUGAUUUGCAACAAUACAGCUUCGAGAUCCGCUAUCGCAGAGGUUGCGCCAACAAAGUGGCCGACGCACUCUCCCGCCGAUCCGCCGUAUGCGCUCUCCGAGACAUCCGCUGCCCGUGCUUCAAAAAACUCCACAAAGGCAUUCGAACCGAUCCGACGGCGUGGCCAGACUAUACGAUACAACAGGGGCGGGUAUAUCGGCACCUCCUUCACGAGCUUGAUUUCCGGGACACCCCGCCAACGAACAAUGAAAAGAGUGCGUCCAACGCGACCAACGGAAUCAAAUCCUGCAGCAACUCCACGACGACCCAACAGCGGGACAUCUAG